AUGCCGUCGUCAGCCGACUACCUACAUCCCCUCGAUCCUGUGCCAGAUGACUUCUCAGAUUCGGAUGAUGAUUUAGACCUGGAAGAGCUUGACCCGGGCACAGCCCAACCCCAUACAUCCCGCGAGUCUCGAGACUAUACCGGCCGCAAACGAGGUUAUGGACCGGGAAUUGCGCUGCGGAAUUUGAGAGUUGGAGUGGGAAGCCGGUGGAGACGCAGCGCAUCGGGACAGGGGGAAUUCGAGGAAGAUACGGACGCUUUGCUAGAGAACCGCGAAGAGGAAGGCCUAGGGGGCUCACAUGCGAGCUCGAGGAAUCUCGCAGACGAUGAUGCACCCCUAUUGGACCGCAGAAGCUCGACACGGAUUUUCAAUGACGAUGAACCCCCCAAAAAGGGUGGCUUUCUAGGGUUCUCCGGAUUCAAGACACCUAGCUUCCUUCAAGGAAAUUCCAUCAAGCUUGGAUCAAACGCGAGCGACUCGUCCAACCAACCUCCCCGCGAAGUACUUGUCGGGCAAUUGCAGGCCGCAAAAUAUCCCGCCAAUGUCGUCUCCAACGCCAAAUAUACACCCUGGAGUUUCUUACCACGAACACUCUACAACGAAUUCUCCUUCUUCUUCAACAUAUACUUCCUCCUGGUGGCCUUGUCUCAGGUUAUUCCCGUGCUACGGAUUGGCUAUAUGUCUUCCUACAUAGCCCCACUGGCCUUCGUGGUUGCUAUCUCCCUGGGCAAAGAGGCACUUGAUGACAUUGGACGGCGUCGAAGAGAUGCUGAGGCAAAUGCGGAAGAAUACUGCAUCAUGUCGCUAAGCACAUCUACUCCAAUGGAACUUACAAAAAAGUCUCGCGACUUGAAAGUUGGUGAUAUUCUUAAAGUUCGAAAGAACCAACGCUUGCCCGCCGAUGUGGUGAUUCUGAAAAGCGUUUCGAACGACUCUGGUACUCCGCGCCAGUCUCUAUCGGCAAAUCCAGAAGCAACUCCGGAUCUGCUUGAAUCUGACCAAGGACCGUCUGAGCUAACCUCCAAGUCUGCGGACAACUCCUCAGCCGGUGAUACCUUUAUCCGUACGGAUCAGUUGGACGGUGAAACGGAUUGGAAGCUUCGACUACCCUCCGUUCUGUCCCAAUCAAUAUCCUUGAGCGACUUCUCUCGAUUGAAAAUCACUGCGAGUGCUCCCGACAAGAGGGUCAACGAGUUCGUUGGUACAAUCGAGUUAAGCUCACCCCCUGGACUUUACGAUGCGCCUCAGCCAAGCGACUCAAUGACCCCCGGCGAAGAUCAAUCUACACCCUCCGCACCUUUGAACAUUGACAACACUGCUUGGGCCAACACUGUUCUUGCUUCCAACACUACUACCUACGCCGUGAUUAUCUACACAGGAUCACAAACCCGCGCUGCCCUAUCAACUUCAGCCUCACGUUCGAAGACCGGCUUAUUGGAAUACGAGAUCAACAACCUCACCAAGAUCCUUUGUAUUCUCACACUCACACUUUCUAUCAUUCUUGUGGGGCUGGAAGGUUUCGAACCUACUAAUGACAAGAAGUGGUAUGUCGCUAUCAUGAUUUAUCUUAUUCUCUUCUCAACCAUCAUUCCCAUGAGUCUACGAGUCAAUUUGGACAUGGCCAAGUCAGUUUACGGGCGAUUUAUCCAACGGGACAAAGACAUCCCGGGUACAGUAGUCCGUACCAGCACAAUCCCUGAGGAUCUAGGGAGAAUUGAAUACCUCCUUUCUGAUAAAACGGGAACCUUGACGCAGAAUGAAAUGGAGCUGAAAAAGAUACACGUUGGUACUGUCUCAUACGCCAAUGAGGCCAUGGAUGAAGUUGCUUCAUUUAUUCGUCAAAGCUUUGCAGGCAAUGGCUUGACUACUCCUUCAACUCCCUAUGGAACUCAAGCUGGCCAGGCCACCGCUCCGCGUACAAGGCGAGAGAUUGGCACCCGGGUACGGGAUAUCAUUCUAGCUCUUGCUCUCUGUCACAAUGUCACACCAACCACCGAGGAAGAAGAUGGCCAAAAAGUAACAAGUUACCAAGCGUCGUCCCCAGAUGAAAUUGCUAUUGUUCGGUAUACCGAAGAGGUCGGACUGAAGCUGUGUUAUCGAGACAGACAAAAUAUUGCUCUGGAAUCUACUGACACCAAGCAAGUUGUCGUUCGCGUUCGCAUUCUUGAUAUCUUUCCAUUCACUUCCGAUAGCAAACGAAUGGGUAUCAUUGUGCAAUUUCAGCAAGAUGAUAAAGGGCUUGAGACGCUCGGCCAAGACAGCGAGAUCUGGUUCUAUCAAAAGGGUGCAGACACUGUCAUGUCGUCUAUUGUGGCAACGAAUGACUGGCUAGAUGAAGAAACAGCAAAUAUGGCCCGAGAAGGUUUGCGAACCUUGGUUGUUGGACGCAAGCGUCUUACGUGGCAGCAGUAUCAAGACUUCUCUGCCAAGUAUAGACAGGCAUCGCUUUCACUGCAAGGACGUGAUGCGGGUAUGAGCAAAGUCGUGAGUGAAUACCUUGAGCAAGACUUGGAGCUUUCCGGAGUGACAGGCGUGGAGGAUCGACUUCAGCGUGACGUCAAAUCAUCCCUUGAGCUUAUGCGUAAUGCAGGCAUCAAGAUCUGGAUGUUGACGGGCGAUAAAGUCGAAACCGCUCGAUGUGUUGCUAUCUCCGCAAAACUGGUGUCCCGAGGUCAAUACAUCCACACUGUGACCAAAGUGACGGACAAAUCAGCUGCGCAAGAAGCCCUUGACUUCUUGCGCAACAAGACUGACUGCUGUCUGUUGAUUGAUGGCGAGUCUCUUACUCUCAUGCUUGGACAAUUCCGAUCAGCCUUUAUCUCGGUUGCGGUUCUGCUGCCUGCUGUUAUCGCAUGCCGAUGCUCUCCCACUCAAAAAGCUGAAAUUGCGGAGUUGAUUCGCCAACACACCAAGAAACGUGUUUGCUGCAUCGGUGAUGGUGGCAAUGAUGUCUCCAUGAUCCAAGCAGCUGAUGUAGGCAUUGGCAUUGUGGGCAAAGAAGGCCGCCAGGCAUCUCUUGCAGCUGAUUUCAGUAUCACUCAGUUCCACCAUAUCACCAAGCUUCUUGUGUGGCACGGCCGCAACUCAUACAAGAGGUCUGCCAAGCUAGCCCAGUUCAUCAUGCACCGUGGUUUGAUCAUCAGUGUCUGUCAGACCAUGUACAGCAUUGCCAGUCACUUUGACCCUAAGGGUCUGUUUAUCAAUUGGCUCAUGGUUGGUUAUGCCACAGUCUAUACCAAUGCUCCGGUCUUUUCUCUCGCCUUUGAUCGCGACGUGGAUGAACGACUUGCCAAUCUUUACCCUGAAUUGUACAAAGAGUUGAAGACAGGCAAAAGCUUGAGCUACCGUUCGUUCUUUGGCUGGGUCAUGAUUUCCGUCUACCAGGGGGCUGUCAUUCAAGGCCUUUCACAGAUUCUCUUGGACACCAUCACUGGCCCGCAACUUAUCAGUCUUUCCUUCACGGCCUUGGUGCUUAACGAGCUGGGAAUGGUUGCCAUCGCCGUCACAACCUGGCACCCCGUCAUGAUCUUCUGCCUGGUUGGCACCUUACUUGUAUACGCAGGCAGCGUCCCCUUCUUAGGCGAAUACUUUGACCUCGGCUUCGUUAUCACCCUGGACUGGUUAUGGCGUGUCGUCGUUGUCCUCGCCGUCGCCCUGGUCCCAGUUUGGGCCGGUAAAAUGAUCAAACAAUCAUGGCACCCGCCAAGUUAUCGGAAAGUCCGUGGAUGA